AUGUCCAAAUUCUACGCCAUCGUCGCAGGCGCCGGUUCCGGAACAGGCGCCUCCGUCGCCCUCCGCUUCGCCAAACAAUACCCCGUCGUGCUUCUUGCCCGCAAAGCCGCAAACUACGAGCCCAUCGUCCAGCAGAUCCGGGACGCGGGCGGCUCAGCGUACGGCUACACGGCGGAUGCGUCGGACCCGGCGUCUGUAGAUGGUGCGUUUGCGCAGAUCGACAGGGAUCUACGGGGGCAUAAGUUGGCGGCGGCGGUGUAUAAUGCCAAUGCUGGGUUUGCGUAUAAGCCGUUUCUGGAGUUGAAGGUUGAUGAUUUGGAUACUAGCCUUGGGACUGCGGCAAAUGGCCUCUUUUACUUUGCUCAAAAAACGCUCCCCCAACUCCUGGAUGCUGUUGCUACCUCGCCUCACCCUCCCAGUCUGCUCGUCACCGGAGCCACAGCCUCCAUCCGGGGUUCCGCCAAAUUCACUACCUUUGCGGCUGGCAAGUUUGCGCAGAGGGCUAUUACGCAGUCUCUCGCCAGGGAGUUUGGACCGCAGGGCGUACAUGUCGCGCUGGCUAUUAUCGAUGGCGGUAUAGACACGCCUUGGGGAAAGGAGCGUGUGGUUAACAAUGGGGUUGCGGAUGGGAAGAUUGCCCCCGAGGCUAUUGCUGAGAGUUAUUGGCACUUACAUACCCAGCCGAGAUCUGCGUUUACACAGGAAUUAGAUAUCAGGCCGUAUGUGGAGAAGUUUUAG